AUGAUGAGUUUGGAUGCCGUACGGACUGUUAGUCCUGAGCAAGUGGCCGCCAUUGCCCGGUCUUCUGUCGCUCAGAUUUCCAUUCGGGAUUUUGUGCGGAAAGUAUGCGACGUGGAUGUAACGGAUUUAUGGGAGAUGAUCGUGUACGAUCAGUCUUCGCCGAAUCUGGAUGCCGUGGCAGUGGACUCUUUUCUACACGUUUUGCUUGCGAAGCUCGUCGGUGCUUUUCGUUCUGUGUCUCUUCUGAAAGGUGGAUUUUUGGAGUUUCAAGCCAAGUUCCCGGAUCUGUGCGAAGACAAAGGUCGGCGCGGGGGGAUUGGUGCGUCAGGCGGAGGUGCGGCUCUGUUGGGAUCGUUCUCGCAACCGUGUCUCCCGGUGACAAAUGUCGGCCCGACGAGGAUCCUUCCGUUUUUGUACCUGGGUUCGCAACAGGACGCCCUCAACCGUGAGCUUCUACAGGUGUCACAGUUGGUGUUCUCAGCGCCCAUGUAUAGGACGCAAAGUUGUCCCGGGAUGCUGCCGUCGGAGGACUCGUCGUUGCGUUCGACUGAUGGCGGCGGUAGUGAGGGAGACUCUGAUUCCGACAUCAGGCUAUUUCGGCGUCGGCGGCGGAGAGAGCGCAUUGACUCUGACAUGACCGGUGCUGCGAGACAUUACGACCUGUGUUUCGACCGCAGCAAGAACCGGAAUCGGUAUUCGUGUGGGAACUUGGAGUUCGACAGUUGCCCGGACAUCCCGCACUUCCGCGGAUGCCAGAGCGCCUUUCCGUCGCCGCACGGUAGCUCAUCCUCUUUACACGUGUUAUUGUUCUCUCCGACAGGUAUUCGUGUGGGAACUUGGAGUUCGACAGUUGCCCGGACAUCCCGCACUUCCGCGGAUGCCAGAGCGCCUUUCCGUCGCCGCACGGUAGCUCAUCCUCGCUGUCGAUGUCGGCGGCGUCUCGUUCGCACCGGCCUCCAUCAAUCAUCGAAGUCUCCUGAUGCCGUGUCCCGAAAAAAGAAGCGUAUGCCAGAGCGCCUUUCCGUCGCCGCACGGUAG